AUGCCUAUAGAUUUCAUAACUUCGACCCGCGAGUUUGAAGACUGCUUGGUCCACAACAAAUACUUGGUGGCAAACUUCACCGCCACAUGGUGUGGACCUUGUCAGGCCAUUAAGCCCUUGGUCGACCAAAUGUACGAAAACACGGCCAAAUACGGUAACAUAGAGGUGGUAAGAAUUGACAUUGAUGCCCAAUCAGAAUUAGCCUCCCGUUAUAGUGUCACCUCUAUUCCAACGUUCUUGGUGUUUGAAAGUGGAGAAUUGACCAAACGUCUUUCUUCCGCCAAUGUCAGUGAGUUGACUCAGGCUUUUGAUCAAUUGGCCUUGAAAGCUACCGAUGGGGUCAGAAAGGGGUCGGGUGCCAAAGCCGUGCUUAUGAAAGUCGAUGAUGACGAGUUGAAAUCUCUUGUACCUAAAGGGUAUGAGAUUCUAAACCCAAAGAUUCUUAUGAGUGAAUUUGUAUCAUUCAAUGCCUCUCCACUACUGACUGUCCAAACCAAAGACGGUGAUGCUCCAAGUGCUAACCAGUUGUUUAAGCUUGAAGAGAAUUCUCCAGUGUACUCCGAUGCUGACUCGCAAUUACUUUUCUACGUACCUUUCACAAGUGUGUGCAAGGUAUAUUCGGUGUUAUUAAAGGUAGAGAAGGUCACUGCUGUGGAAGGUGUAGCAUUGGAUGAAGAAGACAUCGCGGAAACUCAAUUCCCAAAUAUCAUCAACGUAAUCAAUGGGAGAGUUACUCUGUUCGACGAAGCAGUGUUGGAUACAAAACACCAUCAUGAAAAGCUUGAAGGCAAACUUGUUGAUGGUCAAUGGUACGAAUGUAAGUUAAAGUAUGUGCGAUUCCAGACUUGUUAUGGGUUAUCGAUCUUCUUUGACGGUGAAGACGAAGAUUACCAUACAGUAGUGAAACAAGUUGUUCUUGUGGGAGUUUCUGGUGAGAGUGCUCAACCUCAAUUCCUUCAGAGACUGGAAGAAUAA